AUGUGCUGGCGUUUGCUUCUAGACUACUACUACUACUACUACUACUACUACUACUACUACUACUACUACUACUACUACUACUACUACUACUACUACUACUACUACUACUACUACUACUACUACUACUACUACUACUACUACUACUACUACUACUACUACUACUACUACUACUACUACUACUACUACUACUACUACUACUACUACUACUACUACUACUAG